CGGCAGGACAGCUGCUGCCGCCGGUCCCAGAGACAAGUGGGGGGCCCAGUGGCCAAGCUCCCCCUGAGGACGCCCCUCCCCACAGCUGACAGGCCGGGGGGCUGCAGACAGGACAGCUGGGAAGGGGCCAGGCCCUGGAGGGUGGGGGGUCUGCCCCAGGGCCCUUGUUCCGAGGUGGAGGGGAGCGCCUCAGGCAGGCAGGGGACCCCCACUCGGCUGCCUCCUCCUGCUUGCUCCCUGCUUACUUCCCUCCGGCUGAUUCCUCCUGAUCCCUUCCUGCCAAGUCCUUAGGCCGGCACCCGGAGGGCAGGUUGGCUUGACAGGCAGGAGCCUGGGCAGGGAGGACGGGGAUGGAGGCCUGGGCCCCCGAGCGGCCCACCUUCGGCUUCUGGGACUACGGGGUCUUUGGGGGCAUGCUGCUGGUCUCCACGGCCAUCGGGCUCUUCUUCGGCCUGGCCCGGGGCGGGCAGAAGACGGCGGAGGACUUCUUCACGGGCGGCCGGAGGAUGGGAGCGGCGCCCGUGGGCCUCUCGCUGGCAGCCAGCUUCAUGUCGGCCAUCCAGGUGCUGGGGGUGCCCGCCGAGGCCUACCGCUACGGGCUCAAGUUCCUCUGGAUGUGCCUGGGCCAGCUGCUCAACAGCCUCCUCACGGCCUACCUCUUCCUGCCCGUCUUCUACCGCCUGGGGCUCACCAGCACCUACCAGUAUUUGGAGCUGAGAUUCAGCCGCUGGGUCCGUCUGUGCGGCACCGUCCAGUACGUCAUUGCCACGAUGCUGUACACCGGAAUUGUCAUCUAUGCUCCUGCCCUGAUCCUCAACCAAGUAACAGGACUGGAUAUCUGGGCUUCUCUCCUUUCCACCGGUGCCAUCUGCACCUUUUACACCACUGUGGGAGGCAUGAAGGCGGUCAUCUGGACAGACGUCUUCCAGGUGUUUGUGAUGCUCUCUGGCUUUGUGGCCAUCCUGAUCCAGGGCACGCUUCUGGUCGGCGGUGUCCAGCGCGUGAUGGACAUUGCCCAUAAUCACUCCCGGGUCAACCUGGAUGACUUUGACCUGGACCCAAGGAGACGCUAUACCUUCUGGACCUUCGUGAUAGGGGGCACCUUGGUGUGGCUGUCCAUGUACGGGGUGAACCAGGCCCAGGUGCAGCGCUACGUGGCCUGCAGGAGCGAGCGGGAGGCCAAGCUGGCAGUGCUGAUCAAUCAGGUGGGGCUCUUCUUCAUCGUGGGCAGCGCGGUCUCCUGCGGCAUCAUCAUGUUUGCUUUGUACAGAGACUGUGACCCGCUGCGGGCUGGACUCAUCUCUGCUCCUGACCAGUAUGUGCCUUACCUGGUGCUGGACAUCUUCCAGAAUUAUCCUGGUGUGCCCGGACUCUUCCUAGCCUGUGCUUAUAGUGGCACCUUAAGCACGGCAUCUACCAGCAUCAAUGCCAUGGCCGCUGUCACUGUGGAGGACUUGAUCAAACCCCGACUACCAAGCCUCAGCCCUCGAAAACUAACUCUGAUCUCCAAGGGGCUGUCUCUCAUCUAUGGUUCAGCCUGUCUGACAGUGGCUGCCCUUUCCUCCCUGCUUGGAGGUGGUGUCCUUCAGGGUUCUUUCACUGUUAUGGGUGUGAUGAGUGGUCCGCUGCUUGGAGCCUUCAUCCUGGGCAUGUUCGUUCCAGCCUGCAACACUGUGGGUGUCUUCUCAGGCCUGUGUGGAGGCUUCCUACUCUCCUUCUGGGUAGCUGUGGGGGCAACUCUGUACCCACCGAGUCCACAGACCAUGGGUGUGUUGCCUACAUUCACAGAUCACUGUGCACUCUAUAAUGUCAGUGAGGGCUUGAAUGUCACCGUGAUCAUGGGGACACUUCCACCAAAGACGAUUGCUGCCCCAGGAGACAGGCCUGCUAUUGCUGAUGACUUCUACGCCAUCUCCUACCUGUACUAUGGGGCCCUGGGCACGCUGACCACAGUGCUGGCUGGCAUCCUCAUCAGCUACGUGACAGGCCCCACCAAGCGUAGUGACCUGGGCCCUGGCCUUCUGUGGUGGGACGUCAUGAAACAGAUGUCAUCUGUGGCCCCUAUGGCUAAGUCGGUGCCCCUGGAAGACAGCUUGUCUAAUUCUAAGGAUUCUAAGGAACACCCACAUGACAUCAAGAAGCCCCCAGGCCCCUCAUCCUUUUGGCUCCAGGAUCAGGUGUUGCAAAAGGAGGCAGAAGAAAGCAAUCUACUUAGAGAAACGGACAUUUAAGUUGGCUCAUGCGUGGAGUGGGAGAGACUGAGAAACCCAAACCAAGGCGGGCUGGGCCAGAACUAUUGCCGGUCCAGUUCUGGAUUCGAGAACCUGCUCUCGAUGUCUCCACUUGUUUUAUGCUCGUGAGCCCAGCAACCUCUAGAUCUUCUAGAAUGAAAGAUGGAAGAGAAAGGGCUGGGCCCUCCUGGACUUGUGAACCUUCCCUUGAUUUGAUUAUUCCUGCAUGAGAAAAGCAAUGGGUUUAGGUCAAGUUCUGUUUCUCUUUGGCGGAGUCAAUGUUUGUGUGUAUGAUUAUGGGAAGGAGGAUUUCUUAUUGUCCUCUAUCAACUGGGAAAAUGGCUGGAAGUUGGAAUGCUCUCCCUUCUUCAGUUUUAUGUUGAAACCCCAGACUCCUCAUCUACGUUCAGUGUUUCACAGAAAAUGUCUUGCCUGCUUCUUCCCUUCCUCCCUUGCACUUUGUCUCAACCCCAGAAUCAUUUUGUAUUUAAUAUUUUGUAUUUGUUUAUAUUGGUUUUCUCCUGGUAGAAAGUAAGCUCUCUGAGGGAAGGGACUAUUUUGGUUUUGUCCAUGAAUUUGUGGGGCCAACUGUGUGCGGUUUAUAGCAGGUGAUUAAUAAAUGCUUGUCAAAUCGAA